AUGAAACAUGCCAUUAUUUCCAUUAUUUAGAGUCAAUUAUCUAAAUUCAAACUUAAUUCAAAUUAAUCUGACCAUUCAUUUGAUGUCAAAUUGUUGCAAUCUUAAGAAGCAAGCACAGAGAAGAAUUUUAACGAAGCGAGAAAGAAAGUCAAGGCUCUUUAAGAUUAAAGUGAAGUUAAAUUAAUUUAAUCAUCAAAGGACUAGAUAACAGAGAUAAGUAAAUCGUCGAUAUUAGUUUUAUAAUCUCAGUUAAUGAAAAGGGAUACAGAAUUAUUAAACAUGAGAGAGGAGGCAAUAUAAUUAAGAUAUUUCACAGAAAUAAAAAAAGUUGACAAUGAUGAAAAUAAAAAAGCUGACUUAAAUAAAUGGUUGAAAAAGGAACUAGAAGAUCUUCAAAUCACAAGACAUUAUAUUGAAUUAAGCAAGAAAAAAGAAGCAAGUGCUAUGAAAAAGAUUUAGAGAGAUUUGAUGAUUGCAUCAAGUUUCGAUGAAAACAAUUCAAAACUUAUAAGUCUGAAGUAAAAAGUAGAUGAACGAUUUAGUAAUCUUAAAAAAUCAAAACAAAGCUAAUCUGAGGUUAAAAUUUUGAAUAAUAUUUAUCUACAAUCUGAAAAUGAGUUAGAAAAACUUGAAGAAACCUAAUCUGAAGAUCUUGAUUAAGAAAAUUAAAUUGAUCAAAGAUAGUUUCUUAAAGAGGUUAUUAUUUAACCUAAUGAAGAGAUGAACAUGAAAGAUAAAUUGGAUUUGAUUGCAAAUGACUUAAUAAGUGACAUUAUAGACAAUUUAACCGAAGAAUUACUGAAUUAGUAAAAUCAAUUUGGAUUAGUCAUUUAAUAACUUACACCUACAAUGUCUUAAAUACCAACUUCAAUUAUUGAAAUUAGAUACUAUCUUCACAACCUUUUUGAUUAUAUCUUGCCUCUCUAUGGAGAAGAGAUUGUUUAAAAGAUUAAUAUUCCAUAUGGAUAUUCACCAUAAAAGCGAUUAGAGCUUUUCUAUGGAAAUUAUUCAUAAUAAAAUAUGGAUCGAAAUUAUGUAAAUUUUGUGAUGUUAGAUUAAUAUUUCUUUGAGUAUGAAUUUCAUCGACUUUAAGAGAACGACUUUGAGAAAUUGAAUCAUGUAUCUAAAGCCUUAAAAGAGCUUGAGCAUAUUCACAAUAGAGCUAUAUUUGAUGCCUGCAAUGAAGUUUUGAAUACAUUCAGACCUUAUUAUUAUAGUAUUAUUACAAAUCUUAUAAUAGAUAACGGAGAGCCUUAUCCUUGGGAGGCUCGAAUCCCUCAGUAAGCUAUUAAAUGUGAGGACUUUUGUGAUUUUUUGAAUAAGAUGGAAUCUAGAAUAAUUUAGUUUGCAAAUUACUUAUGUGGAUUCUUGCCAAUAGAAGAAGAAUACUAUGUUCCAAGAGAGAAAUAAGUUAUUCUAGAAGCUAAGACUACAGAAAUGAUGAUCUAGCAAAUGAAUAUGCAAUAGAACCCGGAAUUGUAUGAUACUGAUCUUCAAUAUUACUAUGAUCCUAUCAUAUAAAUAAGAGAGUAAAGAGUACACAAAAUGUUGAUUGCAGAUAUGUAAGAUAGUGAGUUUAGAUGGAAUUUAGCAUCAGACGAUAAGCUGGAGCUAUUGAUGGAGAUAGGAGACAUGGUAUUUGAAUAGUGCAUUGAAGAAUUUAUAUAAGAUGCAAUCUUAUUAUGA